AUGUACUUUGUGGUGGGAGGAUUUGUUGUAUGCAAUCUCCUUUCCAUUCAAUGCAAUGCCAAUGCAGAAGGAGAUGCACUGAUAGAUGUGAAGAAAAUGCUGCAUAACCCACAAAAUAUUUUGGAGAGCUGGGAUCAGAACCUGGUCGAUCCUUGUACAUGGAUUCAUAUCACCUGUGACAACAGCAACCAUGUGACACGGGUGGAUUUAGCAUAUAGUGGCCUUUCUGGUUCAUUCUCACCACGGAUCGGUGAUCUUCCCAGCUUACAAUACCUACAUUUAUUCCACAACUCAUUGAGCGGAAGCUUGCCACCAAGUUUGGGGAAAUUGAAAAAUCUGAUUGCCCUUAAUCUUUCGGACAACAAGUUUAGUGGAAAAAUACCCACCUCACUUGUCGAACUUCCCAACCUCCGGUUCCUAAAUCUUUCAAACAAUCAACUGAGUGGCCCUGUUCCAGCAGGAGGAUCGCUUUCAAGAUUUGGAUCUGACAGUUUUAAAGGAAAUCCGGGCCUUUGCGGUGGUGUUGUGCACAAGCGAUGUUAA